AUGCUUGCCCUUUUAACUUAUUUAGAUAAUCUUUGCCAUGCUAAUAGUGAAUAUCCAGAGUUUUGUGUUGAAGUAAGUGCAGUAAAAUAAAAAAUUAUUGAAAUGAUGCUAUCUGAAUGUAUUUAAUUUCUCUCAAUUAGAAUGUUUGAUUUGUUCAGGUUUUGGUCAUGAAGCUGGAAAAAAAUGUCCUACAUUAAAGAUUAUAUUAAAUAUCUUUUCAAGACUGGCUCCAAUAGGAACAGAUAAGAUUUUUGCAGAUAUAAUAAGAAAAAAAAUCUCAGAACACAAAAGAUUACAAAAAAUAGCACUAGAAAUUUAGCUUUAACAUAAAAGAAACUUAGAGGGAAUUUAAAUGCAGAAGAUUUUCAAAGAUUAACGCAUAAAGAAGUAAAAUGCUUAGUAUGAAAAUUUUACCAAUCAGAUGAAUAUUAAUUAAAAAAGAAAACUUAACCAAUCCUAUAAUAUUGAGCUUGAAUAAAGCUUCAAGAAGGUAAAAACACUCUAAUCAAACUGA